CCUGGCAACCCAGCUCAGAGUGGCUGAGGAGCGCGUCGAACUAACUGGAAGCGGAGUCCUCUCUCGUUUUGCGGCGGACCGCCACAAAAAAAAGAUUUAUUGCACAUAAAUCGGUGACCCGGGGUUAUGUCGGCAAGCGACGACUCUGCCGAGCUGACCAGAUUGAGCUCUCCAAAUCAUCACAGAAGAAAGCACAGCAUGGAGUCUUCUAGGUCUCCCAGAUCCUCCAAACACCACCAUUCACGAUCAAGGUCGCGCUCCAGAGACCGAAAACGUGACAGAAAAUACAGACGGAGUCGCAGCAGGAGCAAAGAGGCACGAAAAAGGGAUUCCGAGAAGCCGCCGAAAUCUCACAGAAAGUCAGCCGAUCAAGAGCAGGAGAGACACCCAGCAGAGAACGGAGAGGAGCGGUCCAGGCGGAAGGAGAGGAAGUCGUCGAGGGGGCGGAGCUUGUCCAGGUCGCACUCGAGAGAGAGACGGCAUCACAGCAGAAGCAAGGAUCAGCGGCGGUCCAGAUCACGCAGCCGGGAAAGGAAGAAGAAGGCCAGGUCUCGUUCAGGUUCAAGACCCAAACACCGUCACCACAGCAGAAGUCGUAGCAAAAGCAGGGAGCGUAAGAAGAGGGUUGAGAAAGUUCAUCGGAAGAGUCCGAGCAGAUCUGUUAGCCCACUGGUCUUCCGUGGGCGAAACACAGCGAUGGACGCACAAGAGGCUUUAGCCAGGAGACUAGAGAGAGCCAAGAAACUUCAGGAGCAGAAAGAAAAAGAGAUGUUGGAGAAACAGCAGCAGCAACAGCAGGAGAUGGCUGCAGUUGUGGCCGCUCCUAUCGCAGCAGCCGCUGCUGCAGCGGCGGCCGUAUCGAACCCCGCCCUAAACGUCGCCGCCCUUCUGGCCUCGGGGACGCAGGUGACCCCUCAGAUUGCCAUGGCGGCACAGAUGGCGGCCCUGCAGGCCAAAACGCUCGCCGAGACCGGCAUCGCCGUGCCCAGUUAUUACAACCCGUCCGCCGUCAACCCCAUGAAGUUCGCAGAGCAGGAGAAAAAGAGGAAAAUGCUAUGGCAGGGAAAGAAGGAUGGGGAAAAGUCGCAAACAGCCGAGUUGUGGGAGAAGCUAAACUUCGGAAACAAGGACCAGAAUGUUAAAUUCCGCAAGCUUAUGGGUAUUAAGGGUGAGGAAGAAGCUGCAAAAAAGCUCAACGAAGAAGGUCUGAAGACGCUUCAGAAGCAAGAAGAGAUGUUCAAGAACCUGGACGUCCAGUACGAGAUGGCUCGAUCUCAGACGCACACCCAGAGAGGAAUGGGCCUCGGCUUUUCCUCCUCUUUCUCCCGUGGAAUGGAUUCUGUCUAGUGCCGAGCCUCGGCUCUCCUCCUCGUCUCAUCACAUAAUUCAUCGCUGGCCCUCAAGCUUGCAUGGAUGUUGCUCUGAAUCUGUAAAUUAUUUAUAGACAAAAGCCUGGUAAAUUGUAACAUGUAUGUAUAUAGUGAGAUGCUGAGUUGGUCUCAGUGUUUAUUAAUCUGGACGUCUGCGGCAAAAGGAAGCAUCAUCCGGACCGGGUUGAUGCGGCGGCGAAGUAGAUAUUUCUUUUCGAUAAUGUGAUAUCUUUUUUUAUGAAAAACAAAUGUACAUUGUGUGGUUGUCAGAAUACGACGUGGUUUAAGUGGACACUGUUUACAUCAAUUCAGCUAAGGAUAGCCAAGGUCGACGGUAGCAUUGUGGGAAUCCCACAGCUUCACUUGUCUGUGGAGGAAAAUCUGCCGAGGGUUUUUACUCCACUCCUGUCUCCUGGACUGCUUCGGGUAGGAGUGAGCUUGAAAUGACUUAGCAAAGGUUUCACUCAUUCAUGUAAUAAAUUGUGUUGGAGAAAAAAAA